CAGUUUCUGGCCAGGUCAUUUGUAUUUGAGUUGGAGCAUCAUUGACUGAAAAUCACCAAGCUUCAUAAAGGUCGCCAGGCAUCCUGAACCACCCAGAUGACGCAGGAUGGAGGUGCCAGGACUCACUUCCCCUGCCUCGCCUGCCAGGGACCAGCCAGCGACCGCUCCUGGACACGCAGGAGCCCCCGGUGGGCAGGUCUCACCUCACCUGACCCUAAGCCCUGUUGUUCUGCCCCCGGAGCAGGGUCUGGCCCCUACAGUGUUCCUGAAGGCCUUGCCCAUCCCAUUGUACCACACAGUGCCUCCAGGGGGCCUCCAGCCACGUGCCCCCCUAGCGACACGCAGCUUGGAUGGGGGCGGCGCACCCUUUCUUCUCAACCCCCUGCUGCGGCCUGAAGGACCUGGCCCUGCCCAGGUGGGGAAGCCGGCACUCGUGUGCCCGGCUCUCACCGUGAACAUCGUGGGCACUCUGCCUGUCCUGUCGCCGGGCCUGGGGUCCACGCUGGGGAGCCCGGGCAAGGUACGGAAUGCCGGCAAGUACCUUUGCCCACACUGUGGCCGGGAUUGCCUGAAGCCCAGUGUUUUGGAGAAGCACAUCCGGUCCCACACGGGUGAGAGGCCCUUUCCAUGUGCCACCUGUGGCAUUGCCUUUAAGACCCAGAGCAACCUGUAUAAGCACAGACGCACCCAGACCCACCUCAACCACUCUCGACUGUCCUCAGAGUCUGACGGAGGUGGGAGCAGCCUCCUGGAGGAGGGGGACAAGGCUGGAGAAAGCUCCAGAGCAGACGGCCUGGGGGACGGCAGCAGCCAGAGAGUGGGUGAUGGGGCCCGAUCAGAGAGACCCCUUUCUCCAGGCACCCAGGGUGCUGGGCACUGCCCGGUGCCUGCCAUGCGCCUGUCUUCUGUUGCCAAGACCCUGGGUCUGAAGUUGGAAGCUGUUCCCUGUCCAGGGUCCACAUUUGCUGACAGAGAGACCCCUGUAGACUCUGCCCACACAGCCUCCCCUGGGCUCGCCCUGCCUGGCUCCCAACCAAGGUGGAAGCUGCCAGAGCAGAUGUCCCCGACCGCCGGCCGGCUGUGCUCCCUACAGCAGCAGCAGGCAGCCACGUCUUCAGAGAAACCCUGGGACACCAAGGCCUCAGAGGGCCAGCUGCGGAAGUGUGAGAGCACUGACUCGGGCUACCUGUCCCGCUCGGAUAGUGCGGAGCAGCCGCCGGCCCCUGGCAGCCCCCCGCGCGGCCUGUUGGAGCAUAGGGCCGAGUCCGAGGGGGACGUGGCACUGGGGCCUGGGGGGCCCGGCCUGCAGCUGGAGAAGAAGAAGCUAGAGGAGCGCAUCUCCUGGCUCAUCUCCCACAAUCAGGCUGUGGUGGACGAUUCCCAGCUGGACAACGUGCGGCCCCGCAAGACAGUCCUGUGCAAGCAAGGCAGUAUCGACCUGCCCAUGCCCUACACCUACAAAGAUUCCUUCCACUUUGACCUCCGGGCGCUGCAGCCUGGCCGGAGGAAGCCUGCUGCCCUCAGCUCGGCCCAUUCUACCUUCACCCCCCCAGACAAGUUACGGCCGCUCUUCUUUCACUCGGUCCCCACUCAGCUCUCCACCACUGUGGCAUGUGUGCCGGUCACCAGGAGCAACUCACUGCCUUUUGUUGAGGGCACCAGGACAUGGCAGGAGCCCCCGGACCCCCAGGAUGCCUGCCCCAGGAGGCAGAAGCCUCUGAGCCCCAGGCCUGCCCCCGCCCGACUGGUGGAUGUCCCCAGUGGCCACCCCCGGGCCCUGGUGAGACAGGCUGCCGUGGAGGACCUGCCAUGUCCCCCUUCUGGAGACAGCCUGGUGCCUGCAGAGGACCCGGAUGGAAACAGAGCUGCUGCUGGGGAGGGGGCAGCCAGCAAGGGCAGAGCAGCCAAUAAGAAAUGCAGCCAGAGGAAGCUGAAGAUGUUCUCCCAGGACAAGUGGCAGGUGUAUGGGAAUGAGACGUUCAAGAGAAUCUACCAGAAAAUGAAAACCAGCUGCCAUGGAGGCAAGAAGGCAAGGGAGAUGACUGUGGGUAGUGGGACAGAGCUGGACCUUCCUCUCCAGGAAGAGGUAGCAGGGAAUGAGGGCACAGGACCGUCCCAGGACGGGAGGAGCCCUGUUCAUGGAGACACAUCUGCGGGGGCCAAACCAGGGCCUUGCCAAAAUCCACUGGCCCCGGAGGGCUUCUUAGUGAUGGAACCCCCCAAGCAGAGGGCGAUGGUGGCCCAAGCGGGAGGCAGUGACCAGACUCGGGUGAACAGGGCCAUGUCUCCUCCCACCGUCCGCUGCACAGAAGCCUCCUGUUCAGGCGGAGAGAGCCCCCUCCUUUCUCCAAACAGGAGGCUGGAGCUGGGGUGUCAGUUGCCCCCAGUACCUGGUCCCCUCAGGGGAGGUGAUGGAGAGACUCCCAAGCUGGUUUUGCCAGACCCUAAGCUGGAAGGAGGCACCCUUGGUGGUGGGGACAAGAAGGAGCCCUGUCAGUGGAUCCAGACUGUGCCGAGGCGGCCCAGUGGUAGCUCUGGGGAACCCCAGCCCUCAGAGGACAAGCUCCCCUCAGAGAGGAAGAAGCUGAAGGUGGAGAAGCUGAGCUGCCAGGAGCAUUCAGAGCCUCUGGGAACAGAAAGAGAGGCCCCCGGUGGCCCCAUGCAGGCCGCCUCCCCACCGUCUCAGAACCAGGACAGUGACCCUGGGGAGAAGCCAGGGGAGCUACGGGAGAGUGCUGAUGGCAUGGCGAGGGCCAGGGCUGGGCAGCCAGGCAGGCCCUUGGAGCUUGCUGGCGCCGCCUCUGCUACUCCUUCUGUGGCCCAGAGGCAGGCGGAGCUGCGGGAACAGAUCUUGCCAUGUCCUGCAGCCACGUCCCUUGGGCAUCAUCCCCACGCGGCACCUGGUGUCCUCACUGCUCUGGCGGACACUGCCUUCCCCCCCAAGUACCUCCUCAAGUUGCCUCAGGGAGAGACCUGCCCACCGCCUUCUGUCACCCCGAGGCCGGGAGAAGGCCAGGACCCUGCGUGCAGGAGCAGGCGGCCUGAGGAACUGGUUUCCUUUGUUGGGUCAGGGCUUGGGACCCGCCUGCCUCCCCGCCCAGCCUCAGGCAUGGCCACUAGUGGGGCACACAGUUUCAAGGAGGACCCCAGCUGCUCUAGGCCAUGGGGCAGGAGAAAAGGGGUACAGGGAGAGGAGAAAGGAGACUUGGACACUGGCACCCCAGCAGGGGGGCAGUCCCCUGGCUCAUCCGCCGGCACCCCCAGGGAGACCGCCUCCUUUCUGCCCACCCCAGUGUGUGCCACCCGGCAGAGCGGGCCCCCUGACACCCGUCACCUCUGCAUGGGCAGCACCGCAGUGGGCGCCAGGCCAUCCGGGGGUGUCCCGAGUCCCUGCGCACUCAGGGAGUUGGGGGGAUCUACAGAGAAUGUCCCGGAAGACCCUCCUUCAGGACCUCUGGCUGGGCUCAGUUCCUGCUGCUCCUUCCUCGCGGCCUCCACACCCCCCGGCUGGCCGGAGCUGGCGUCGUGUACCCACUCAGAGACCCAGUGGAGUUUCAGGGCCCACGGCCCUUUCCCGUCAUUGAGGGCCGAGCCCCGACUCACAUGGUGUUGCUUGAGCCGAAGCCUGCCUCUGCCCACAGAGCAGAAGGAAAAGGCUGCUUCUGUGUACUUGGCACUGCACUUCCUUGGUGGCAGCACCCAGGCCAAGGGUCCAGACACCCGGCCCGUGAGCAGGACGGUGGGAGGACGGAUGAAGACAGGCCAGGGAGAAGGAGGGCAGGUCCAGACGUCAAAGCUCUCCUGCCCGGUGGCCUCAGGGAUAGUGUCCCAGGAGCGGGUGUCUGAGCCUGAAGGGAAGAAAGGACUGCUGUGGAGGAAGGCGAAGAUGUUUCGGGGAAACGGCAAACGGAAGCUGAGCGUCUGCUCCAGAAGGUACAAAGGCAGUUCUUUACAGAGCCGCAUCCAGCUGAGAGGGAGUGGACUGUGCAGGCCACCCAGGGUGGUGAGAAGAGACGGCCACCCCUCUCCACUCGAGGGGCUGGACCCACGUGGGACCUGCAAGCAGCCUUCUUCCGAAAUGGCAGGUCUGAAUCUGCAGGAGGAGCCAUCUCGUGCCUCUUCAGGAUCGCCUAUUGGUUGUGGGCACAGAGAGGAGGAGGAGGAGGAUGGCUCCAGACAAACGUCGGGAAGCUUCUCUCCCAGCACAAGUUCACGGGCUGGCAGUGGAAUAGACCAUGUAACCAUGAAGGUGAUUUCUCCAGCUGCCGGUGGGCACGGUGACCGCUGCCCUCGGAACACUGCUGCUGGGUCACGACUGUCAGAGCACUCCGAGUCCUGUGUGGCACCGGCUAAGAAUGACAGCCUCCUGUCUCGAGGCAGAGGUCUCGGCCCGGGCUUGCUGGAGCCCCAGCCACUGGCCUCCCAGGAGCAAGUCUCCGUGGAUCUGAAACCAUACGUUUUCUCAGAUGCUCAAGAACCUUCUUCCCCUGAGUCCAAAGGAACCUCCCCCCGCAAGGAUGUUGCUCCCUCUGUGGGUGCCAUGUGUGCUCCGGGGGAGAGAGCAGCUCACACAGCCCUGGGGGUUCACAGUGCAGAGCCACAAGACCACAGGGCUGCAGGGGAGGCCCGGACACAAAGCUCCCCAGACAGAAAAGCUAGAGCGGAGGGCAUGUCGCCACCAGUACUGCCAGGGAAACCUUCAUCUGGGCAAAGAAUUUCAGGUUUGGUUUUGCUGGGGUCAGCUGGAAAAACUCAGCUUGAAAUACCAGCUUUAGGACCAGGCUUGGCUAGUUCAUACCAAGAGGAAGGGGAACACAAGAUGUUUUUUCCUACUGGGGGACAGUACAGGUGUGGGGAGAUGAAAGUCCCCUGCCCUCCCUUAGGAAACGACAGUGGGAAAUGUCGAGGCUCUGGAUUAACUGCUCUAAAGGACCGUGUGGUUACUUCUAACCCAGGGCAGCCCAGAGAAGCUCCUGAAGUCCCUUCAAAGACUGUCAAGAGGAGGGGUCUGGAAGGACUGAGAAAGCAGACUCGAGUGGAGGUCAGUGACACCAGCAGUGACGACGAGGACCGGUUAGUGAUAGAGAUGUGAAGCUUCUGAGCCUGCGGUCGGAGAGCAGAUGCUAUCAGGCUGGCAGGACAGCUGAACGCUCUUCACCAAGCACCUCCCUGCGAGGAAAGCCACUGGGGAUCUUUCCAAGGCAUCCCCAGCCAACUCCAGCCCACAUUCCCCCGGCCCCCUUGCGAUAUACCAGGUGCCAGGAAGGGCAAAGGGAGCAAUGGAGCCCAGUCUAGGAAUGCUUGGUGCGCAAGGAUUGCACUCGCCUCCCAGCCACGUCCUCUGCAUCGUUCCCCACUGCCCCGUCCAUGAGGUGGCAUUAACCAGGACAGCCGGUCUGCAUGUUGAUGUGCAAGUGAACCUGUAGAGUCAAGUGGACCGACUUCCUCCAUCAGUGAGCUGAGGGUUUGCUUCAGAGGUGGUAAGCACACGUGGGUGAUCGGGGUCGCUCGCAGAGGAAGUGGGUAUGAAUGGGGC